GCCUGUUCCGUUGCCCAACGAAAUCGGUCCUCAUUUUGAUCGACGGCCAAAUUGGGGUUCCCACUUUCUCGUCCCAUCUCCUUCUGUCAUCACAGGCAAGAGAACCUGGUGGGAUGGCUCCUGCAAUUGCGGUACACACCGAAGGCGCCGGAAGGCAAGGCCUAGGUCUGAGGAAGGCGGCGCCUGCGUCGGAGGUGGAGGAGCUGAGGCGGCGGAACGCGGAGCUGGAGCGGGAGGUGAGGGAGCGGCGGGCGAGGGAGGACGAUGUGCGGGCGGAGUUGGAGCGGACGAGGGCGCGGCUGCGGGUGGCGGAGGAGGCAGAGGAGAGCCUGUGCGCGCAGCUGGGAGAGCUGGAGGCGGAGGCCGUCACCGACGCCCGUGCCUGCAACCUCCGCAUCAAGGAGCUCUCCGACCAGCUCGAGCUCGCACGCCGCGCCAUCCUCACCCGAUCCUCUUCCUCUCUUUCCUCGUUCUCCGAUGGAUCGUGAUCCCGCUGUUUUGACGAGGAAAGGAGAGAACCCGAAAGAUUGUUCUAUUUGUCGCCCCCUCCGCAUGACAUAAUGACGCGAGGCUUUCUUCCUUGGUUUCUAUCCAACAUCCUAAUUCCCCCUUUUUCUUUUUAUAUUAUAUAUAGGUGUAGUGCGAACACAAAUAUUAAGAUUGGAUUGAGCUAAGCUGCUGCGGUUUGAGCU